AAAUUUAUUAAAGCUGCAAUACAAACAAUAUGUCGAAAAUAAAGAUUCAGUAUGAAAAAAAUCCUAAGAUGGAUACCCGUUUUGCUAGUAUGCGGUGGUAUCCUUUGUAGCCUAACAUGAGGACAUAUUUCACUAGUUUACGGUAAUUACCCUUUGCACCCAGUCUAAAAUAGGAACCCAUUUCCCAUUUCCGUUAAAUGACGUGGUGGAGAUAAACUACAAUGCUAAGUUUCAAACAGUGAUUUAACCAGUUAUAAACUUCCAGGGAAUAACAAUUUAUUUACAUUAAAUUCAUGUUAAUUUAUUUGCUUUGAAAUUAUUAGUUAUGACCACAUUUUCAAGUUUAAUUCCCUAAUAGUGUAUUGCUUGUAAUGGUGCCACAGACUGAAAUAAAUCUCAAUCCAUUAUACAAUUGUGUCUUCUCCUUGGAUAUUUGCUGAAGUCUUGAUUUGUGCGAUUCUUAAGCGAAAUUCGAUUUUUCACUUGCCAUAUAAUAGAUUCAUUUCAGCACAAUUUCGCUCUAUUUCUCAACUGUGUUCGAGCACACUUUUGUAUAUGCCAGUAGAAGUUCUUUCUCUUCAUGCGUCAGCAUUGACUUAUUACUUUUCUUAUUAACUACAUUUAGAUCACCUAAUCGAUAAGUAUUCUCGUACUAAAAACCUGUUUGUGAUUUAUGUAUGUGACGACCCAGUUAUCAGCUAAACGUAGUAAAUAGCUUAGUUAGGCAAAUCUAAUUAAUUAGUAUACAACACGCCUAAAGAUUUCAUAUCUGACAUGCCAAUGAGUUGACUGAACUGAAUCAUUUCCAAGAACAAUGAGAUUAUGUUGAUUGUGCCCUGCUUACUAUAAAAGGAAAGGCAAAUAGCGAAAUGCAAAUAGUUUAAGCAGAAUGCUGAAGAGCGUUCAAGUAUUGUUUGUGCUUUUGGCCAGUUGUGUCCUCAUACAGGCGCGAUUUAUGCGUGUUCAGAGUCUGGCACGGAGCGCGGACGCGUCAGAUGAGAAUGGCGCGCAGAUAUUGUUAUACACGCCCGCGACAUCUGAACAGCUUCAGAAGGAUAGCGAGAACGAGCCAAGUUUUCAUGAGCCACAGAUUGUAGAGCCAGAACCAGACAAGGAUGGCCGAAAAGUGCCCGACUAUCUGUAUGCAAACACAAUACCUAUGCUAAACGAUCAGAGUAUCAAGUAUAGGUUGCCACAGUUGGCAGCCUAUCCGGUGGCCUACCGCCCACAAAUUAUUCCUAAUAUGCAUAGAAAUACGAACAACGUGGUUGGUGAGCUGCCCUACGUGUUGGUGCCGCGUGUUCAAUUGGGCUUCAAUGUGCAGGGCCAGACGGGUCUUAACUGGCCAAGUCUGAAUUUGAUUUCACCCAGUUUGCCAGAGGAUGCGGUUGCCCACAAGGAAGAACAGCAGACUACAGCCUAUAUACCGGUGCCAGUACCAGGACCAGCAGGACCACCGGGGCCACCCGGACCACCAGGACCACGAGGACCGCCCGGACCGAUAGGACCACGCGGCAGGGAUGGUCCACGUGGCCCGCCUGCCAACUUGGCAGCAACAACACAAAGUCCACAAAGCAUUUGGUAUGGCCAGAGCAAUAGUGUUAGCAAUAGUAAGCCACAGUAUGCCGAGCAACUCUCCAAUAGUUAUCAGAACUAAUCAAAAAUAUAUGAAAACUUGAAAUAAGUUUGAAGCAUUCA